CCCGGCUGACCCGGUCGGUGAAAGCCUCUGACAGAUAGUGUAGUGAUGUGCCCGUGUGCGGACUAGACCUCUCGGCCGCACAGAUAAGUGACUGAUGAGGAGCAGAAUGUCGUCCCAGCUGGGCUCCUUGGCGACCAUCUGCCUCUCCGUCCUGUGUCUCCUCCAGGGAGCCACAAGUGACGCCCCGCUGUUGGACUCAUCUUCUCUGCCCCUGGAGCACAGAGCAGUGUACGGCCCACCCCUACCCGGCCCCCAGUAUGGUCCUCCUCCACCACCACCGCCGCCCGUCUCCGGGGGAGGGGGUGGAGACGAUCCUUGGCCCCUCGCCACCCCCGAUAUGCCGCAGAUCAAACACCUCCAGGUCCAGUGCGAGAAGACGCACAUGCGCGUUAACAUUGAGUUCGACCGGCCCUUCUACGGGAUGAUAUUCUCUAAGGGUUUCUACAGUGAUCCCCAUUGCAUUCAUUUGAAGCCGGGCAGCGGUCAUCUAAGUGCUACUUUCGAGAUAUUCUUGAAUAGCUGCGGUAUGUCAUCGUCCGGCAACCACAACACGGGCGGCGGCUACUCUACACCCAGCGGCAGCUACGUCGAGAACACCAUCAUCAUCCAGUACGACCCGUACGUCCAGGAAGUCUGGGACCAGGCAAGGAAGCUACGCUGCACAUGGUACGACUUCUACGAGAAGGCGGUGACAUUCAGACCGUUCCAAGUGGACAUGCUUCACGCCGUCACCGCCAACUUCUUGGGUGACAAUCUGCAAUGCUGGAUGCAGAUCCAAGUCGGCAAGGGUCCAUGGGCUUCUGAAGUGUCCGGAAUAGUGAAGAUCGGCCAGACGAUGACGAUGGUGCUCGCAAUCAAAGACGACGAGAACAAGUUCGACAUGCUGGUGAGGAACUGUGUGGCGCACGACGGCAAGCGGGCACCCAUCCAACUGGUGGACCAGCAUGGAUGUGUAGUCAGACCGAAGAUCAUGUCGAAAUUCCAGAAGAUCAAGAACUUCGGUCCCUCAGCUUCUGUAGUUUCCUUCGCAUACUUCCAAGCAUUCAAGUUCCCCGAUUCAAUGAACGUGCACUUCCAAUGUGUCAUCCAAGUGUGCAGAUAUAACUGUCCUGAACCGAGGUGCGGUAAUGACUACGGCCUGCCCGCCUUGGGAGGUUUAGGAGGAGAUUAUGGCCCACCUCCACCACCAGGCAAUUCAAUCCACUCAGAGUACGGACCUCCACCACUCCCAGAGUAUGGAGCUCCAGCCGCCUACCCAGAUCCCAGACAUCCAUCAGGCCCUGCGGGAGCUUACUCUGAGAACAAGCCUGAGGUUCUUCCACCUCCAUCGUCCACCAGCAAUCCAGCUAGUCUCACUAACCCCUCGUCUCCUGCGCCACAGAAGACCUCACCGAGCAACGUUAACGACAACGAUAUCAACCUGCCCCCUCCCCCUCCACCAGGCCUGUUCGACCAGUACACCACUGUCAAGAGGAAAGGAGGUGUAAGUGACGAGUUCGAGAGUAAACUUGCAACCAUCGGUGGUCGUCCCCGAUCCGUGGAGAACCUCCAGGCCGAGCUGCAGGGCGCCAGGAGACGACGCUCUCCUGAGGUGAUCCACACAGUGGUGGUCUCUAGGAUCUACAAGAGAGAAGCUCAAGAGAUGACAGACGUGAACACGAGUAGGACCAUCCAAGUGGUGUCCCCGGGUGACGUCAACUUCGCCCUGAACGCGGGAUCGACCAACAACGAGACCGUAGUGGUGUCGUCGACCAGCGGGCUGGACGACAGCAUCUGCAUGAGCAUUCCCAGCUUCGUGGUGGGUCUGAUCAUGCUGCUGGUAGUGCUCGUGGUGGCCUGUCUGGUCGCCGCCUUCCUCUUCGUCAGAGUGAGGCAGAUCGACCGCAAGGGCGUCACGACGACGUUCGUCCACGGCGGCUUCGAUAACGCCGAGUUCGUCAAGGUCGCCAGUUAGUGAUGUGAGACUGAUACGUUGCCAUAGCUUCCGGUCGCGGACAGGCUGGAGUGCUGACGCCAGCAGGCCCGCUUGUCCGCUGCUCUGCUGAGUGCUGCGCCUCGCCUCGCUACGCGGAGUGCUACACAGUCGAAAUGAAUCCAAAGAUUAAACAGUGUUCAGAGUGACGUUAUAGUGUACCGAAAUCUCUCUUCUCUAGUGUUAUUGUUAGGCCUCGGGCCCGUGUAUGGUCUAUGAUCAGCUCAUAUUUAUUUUUCACCCUCUUCGUCAUCGACCCCGUCUUUCUUUUCCCUCUAUCGAUUAAUUUAUUACCCGCACCUUAAUUUUUCACCUAAUGUAUCAUACCAUUUCAUCCUUCAUCGUUAUCUUACACUAUCUAUUGUAUUUUAAUGCCUAGAUUAAGUGACAAAUUUUUGUUAAUCUUGAUAAGCAGAUUAAACGAAUGAGUGUA